CCAUUCGGAAAUGGCUCAGAAAUGAAUUCAUGGACUGCUCUAUCCAAGUGGAGGCGAAAUCUCCCAGUUAGAUCUCGCAUAAUAGAUAUACAGAAAAAAGUAGUGAAACUCUAUAAAGAACUGCCAGAUCUGUCUGAAUUAAUAGAUAAAUUAAAGAAUGAUCGCAGGUUUUAUGAAGUUAUAGAUGAAAAAGAUGAAGAUCUUAUACAUCCUGAUGAUUUGGAAUACUUCCACCAAACAUUUAAUAUUCCUAGGAUAGGACAAGAUGUCACAAAACUUGGAUUAUUUGGGAAACAGUUUGAGAGAAGGCCUUACAAACUAUAUCUACCAUCUGGAGAAAAUAUAUGCUAUAAUGGAGUUCACUUGUGA